GUCAGCGACUCGAGCGGCAGCGAGGGCUCGUUGCCUGUACAUCUUUUCUUUUCGAGGAGAGACACGCCACACACACCGUCGUCAUGGGCAAGAAGAGCAAGUCUGAUGAUGUUGCCACUGAGCAGCAGUCGGCCGAUUUUCUGAUCGAGCCAUCUCGCGUCAAGCCCACGCUCGAUGCUAGCAAGUGGCCCCUUCUGCUCAAGAACUUCAACGAGCUUAACAUUCGCACUUCGCACUACACGCCGCUGCCCAACGGCUGCUCGCCGCUGAAGCGUCCCAUCCAUGACUAUGUGCGUUCGGGCGUCAUCAACCUGGACAAGCCAGCCAACCCCUCUUCGCACGAGGUCGUGGCCUGGAUCCGCCGGAUACUGCGUGUGGAGAAGACGGGUCACAGCGGAACCCUCGACCCCAAGGUCACGGGCUGCCUGAUUGUCUGCGUGGAGCGCGCUACCCGCCUGGUCAAGUCUCAGCAGAACGCGGGCAAGGAAUACGUUUCCAUCGUUCGCCUCCAUAGUGCGAUUGAGGAGGAGAAGCAGCUGACCCAAGCUCUGGAGAAGCUGACGGGUGCUCUUUUCCAGCGCCCUCCUCUCAUCAGUGCCGUCAAGCGUGCCCUUCGUGUUCGCACCAUCUACGAGUCGAAGCUCCUCGACUUUGACAAGGAACGCAACCUUGGCGUGUUCUGGGUCAAGUGCGAAGCCGGUACCUACAUCCGUACCCUUUGCGUUCACCUUGGUUUUGUCCUGGGCACUGGCGCCCACAUGCAAGAGCUGCGCCGUGUGCGCUCCGGUAUCCAGUCCGAGAAGGAUCAGCUCGUGACCAUGCACGACGUUCUUGACGCCCAGUGGGUGAUGGACAACCAGAAGGAUGAGACCUACUUGCGCCGUGUCAUCAAGCCCCUCGAGGUUCUCCUGGUGCAGCACAAGCGCAUUGUGGUCAAGGACUCGGCCGUCAACGCCAUCUGCUACGGUGCCAAGCUCAUGCUUCCUGGUCUCCUCCGCUACGCCGACAACAUUGAGGUUGACGAGGAGGUUGUCCUCAUCACCACCAAGGGUGAGGCCAUUGCCGUUGGUAUUGCUCAGAUGACGACCGCCGUCAUGGCCACCUGCGAUCACGGUGUCGUGGCCAAGAUUAAGCGCGUCAUUAUGGAGCGCGAUGUCUACCCACGCCAGUGGGGUCUCGGCCCCCGGGCUCAGGCCAAGAAGAAACUCAUUGCCGCAGGCAAGCUUGACAAGUACGGCAAGCCCAAUGAGAAGACCCCUUCCGAGUGGCUCUCGGGCUACACAGACUACUCACGCAUGAGCGAGGAGGAUCAAGUGUCAACAGCUGCCAAGUCAGCAGCGCCCUCUGAGCCUAGCACGCCGUCCAUGAAGCGCGCACACGAGUCUGACGACGAGACCACAAAGUCAGAGAAGAAGAAAAAGAAAAAGGAGAAGGGCACUCCCAAGUCAGAGAAGAAGGACAAGAAGAAGAAGAAGAGCAAGGACAAGGAUGUCGACUCAGACGCAUAAAUGGUGUCUCGACACGCUAUUCCUCCUGUCUUCUUGCGCUCUGCUCCCUGCUACGGUCUCGUCUUUUGUUGAUGUCUAAAUCGUACACCGUUUUUGAUGGUGUGGGAAAGUGGCCGUGGUUGUUGUGACCUUUCUUCGUUUCGAUCAAGAGUUUUUUUGUUUUCCAUCGUUUGUCCUGUUGUAUUGUCCCUUUCCCUUUCAGCGAUUGGCCCUUCCUUUUCAUGUUUGUGUCCUGGCUCAAGCCUUAUGCCUGCUGUCUGUGUUCCAUGUGCUCUUCCACCUGCCACUCGGGAGCGGUUGGUGUGCCUCACACUGCUCUUGGGUGACCGAGCUUUGUUGUCAUCUCAAUGUGCCUACCAGUUUUUUUUUUCUCUCGGCCCAGAGUCUCCUCAUUGUGACAUGCUAGCGUCUGUGAGAUCUCAUUGGGUUGCUGUGCCUUUCUUAUUGCUGUGCCAUGGUGGUGGCGCCGCGCUUGUGCUUUGGGCUUUCAUCCAGUCUUAGUUUCCAUGUCACAUCUGCGAUGGGUCUAAACUCGGAAUUGAAAUUUGACCAU